AUGCAGGCUAGCAAAAACGGCGGCGGCGACGGCGCCAUGAGCCUCAACUUGCCGCUGCGCACCAGCACCAGCAGCUCCGGCGGCCGGCGCAACCAGGAGAGCCGCAACUACUUUACCAGCUACACGCCGCCCAGCUCGACCGAGGCCAUCAAUGAGCCCGUCCGGGAGCCGGCCCGCGAGCAGCCGCCCGAUCGUUUGAUCGUGGGCGUCGACUUUGGCACCACCUUUUCUGGUGUCGCUGCCGUCUACACGUCCACCCCGGACGAUGUUGAAAUCAUCAAGACCUGGCCCGGAGGCAACGGCAUCACCUCGGACAAGUUCAAACCCGAGGAGUCGCGCCUCCGCUGCAUCAAGCUGUUCCUCGACCGAUCGCAGAAGUUGCCCUUCUACGUCAGCCAUCACGACACGGCUGCCCAGCUGAAGCGCUUCAACAAAAACGUCGUCGACGCCGUCGGCGACUAUUUGACCCAGAUAUACAAGCACACCAUGGACACGCUGACGCGCCGCUAUGCCAAGAACACGACGCUGCUGGCCGCCGAGCGGGCCGGCAUGGGUGAUCACGACGAUAUCCAGAUGAUCAGCGAGCCCGAGGCGGCUGCCGUGUACACGCUCAAGGCCAUUCAGCCCAAUCAUCUCAACGUGGGCGACAACUUUAUCGUGUGCGACGCCGGCGGAGGCACUGUCGACCUCAUCGCCUACAAGAUCAUGUCUCUGAAGCCCCUGCGCGUCGAGGAAUCCGCCGUUGGCACCGGGGGGCUGUGCGGGAGCGCCUUUCUUAACUAUCGCUUCGAAGAGCAUGUCCGGAACAGACUGGGCGCCGCCCGCUUUGACGAGAUGAAGCUGAGAAAGGGCAAGACGUGGCAGAUGGGCCUCAAGUACUUUGAAGAGUUUGUCAAGAGGAACUUUAACGAGGACGAACAUCAGGAGGUCAACGUGCCCUUCCCCGGCCUGCCAGACGACGAGCAUGCCGGUCUCGACUCGGGGUUCCUCGUCAUGAGCGCGGAGCAAAUCAAGGAAAUCUUUGAGCCCGUGGUAAAGGAGGUGUGCGACCUGGUCCUCGGGCAGGUCGAGGGCAUCCGGGUCAAGGGCGGCAUCGUCUCGGGCAUCGUCCUGGUCGGGGGCUUCGGCCAGAGUGACUUUCUCUACCGGCGGCUCAAGUCGCACUUUACCAGCGCCGCGCCGCCCCCUUACAGCGAGCGGCCGACGCACGCCAACGCGAGCGCGACGGAGGAGAACGGGUCCAUCGAGGUGAUGCAGCCCGUAUACGCGUGGACGGCCGUGGUGCGCGGGGCGGUGCUGCGCGGGCUCGAGGGCAGCAUGGUCAUCUCGCGUAAGUCGAGGAUGCACUACGGCACGUCGUACGCCACCGUGUACGACGAGGACAAGCACUCGGUCAGCGAGCGGUACUGGUCGCCGCUGUGGGAGCGGUGGAUGGUUUCGGACCGGAUGCAGUGGCACAUUGCCAAGGCCGAGGCCCUCUCUCCGCUGGCACCCAUUGCCUUUCAUUACACGCGCAACUUCCGGCCGGGCCAGUCGCUCAUUGUGACCGACGACCUGAUCGCGUGCGACGCCGACGAGCCGCCGGCGGCGUGGUCGCGCGGCCUCAUCAGCGUCUGCACGCUGACGACGGAUCUCAGCGCCGUGCCGCGGAGCCUGUUUACGCGCCUGACGACGACGCGCGGCGUCGAGUUUGACAACCUCGACUUUACCCUCGAGAUGAUUGUCGACAGCGCGGGGCUGGGGUUCGAGCUCAAGGUGGACGGGGUGCGCUACGGCCGGGUCGAGGCCGACUUUCACUGA